GACGUAAUUGGGCGGAGGCUCUCAGUAUUUACACCGACUCUCAAGGCCUGCAUCACACUAUAAAAGUCCUUUGACAUACUUACUUUGAUCUCGUCCACGAAGGCAAUCAACCCGUGUGGCUACGACUUACAUGAAACUGGAUCAACAGCGAGGAAAACUCCAAAGAAAUUGAACCGUGCCAUUUUCGUACUGUACGACAACGAGGAGCGCUAAUGUCGGUACAUGAAGACCAUGAGGUCCAAUGGGGAAACGCACCCCCAUCGGCUUUGGAGAAGACUGUUUUCACGUUUCUGUAUACCAUGUGUAAAGAUGCGGAUCACUCGUCGUUCUUUGCAUAUAUACUAUUAGUGAUCGAGGACGUGCAACUCAUCUCCUUCAGCUGGGUUCCCGAAGCGAUCCCCGGACUUCCCCAUAUCAUUCCUGAGGUAAUGUAUCCAUUGGAAGCCGUCUUCCCACACUACGACGUUUUCUUGGUGCUGUUUUUUAUUGCUAUUGCCACAAUGUCAGCCACGAUUGUUUUGGCGACAUUCUCAGCUAUUAGUCUGCAACAAGGGAGCUUCAAGUGGAUAUGGCCUCUCGUACUCCUCCGCUUGCUUAGCUCAAUGGUCGCCACGGUUUUCUUUAUGCCGUUCAUGGAGAUUUUCAUUCUAGCCGUCGUUUGUCGCCCGUUGUCACCUGGUGCGACGCCACAUCUUAGCGACUUCCCGGAAACAGAGUGCUUUACUGCCUCCCAUUGGCCCAUAUUCAUUUUGGCCAUUCUGGGUCUGCUCGUAACGGUACCCUUCGGCAUUCUUGUCAAUUAUAUCUAUGUGAUUCCAACUCCAGACAGCAGGAAUCCCAUGGCUAAAGCUCAUGGAUUGUUUGAUGUCUUGUAUUUCAUCCUGAAAGGCGUUUUGGUUCUCAGUAGCCGAUUCACCUCGGAAACCGUUGAGCUUAUCAUUCUCACUCUCAUCAACGUACUGUUGAUCGGAGCGUCUUUGCACUACAUGCCAUACUUCGAAAAAAGGGUCAAUAACCUCCGCACCUCUUUGCUUUCUGCGUCCUUCCUAUCGUCGAUGGUGGCAAUGAUAAGCUGGAUCCAGCUGCGGAGGAGCGACGCAUCAGCGACAUCGGUUACUGCUGUACUCGACGACGAGAAUCCUUCAUCAUCCCGCACAGCGCUCGCGGUCCUUGUUUCCCUGCUGCCCGUAGGGCUUGUGGGAGGCUGGUAUCUUUCCGAAUUCUUUCGACGCUUCAAAGUGACGCGAAUAAUGUCGAAUCUCGAGUUGAAAUUGAAAAUGGAAGAAUCGGGUGAUAAUUUUGCGCUUCGGCCCAAGAACAUCAAGGAAGCGAGGACUCUUGCUUCGCAAAGGAGCUCGUUUCUUCGGGAUUCAGGCGCUCUUGAAACACUCGAGCGCGGUGGGCGGAAACUCUCGCUCUUUGUGGCAUCUGAUGCUAUCUCACCCAGUGAUGCGGUAAAUACACCACAUGGUGUCCCCGAUUCGGCAAUUGUGGCUGGUUUCCGCAAGGAAGCCGCCAAAAAAAUGAGCCGGCCGCCCGUCGUGCUAUGGUCCCCGCACGAUGCGGAUAUAGCUUGCAGAUUUUUGCGUGACAGCGGAGCUUCACCGGCUGGCCUCCGCAUCAUGAAACUUGUGUUUGAGGAAGCGCUUCGCCAAUACCCGAAGAAUGCGCAAUUGUCGUUGAUGUACACGUACUAUCUCGCCCGUUGGGGUGAUAAUCCGGAAGAGUGCCUUCACCAAUUUUCCGUCACCAACACAUUUCAGCCUUCCCUGGAUGUUCGAUUCCGCGUUUUUAUGGAACAACGAGAUUUUGCCCAGGAUCAGAACGCGAAGGGGUUGGCAAAAUCUUCGUUGGACGUCGCCAGCUAUGUCGAAUAUCAAUCAUUGGAAAGACGAGCAUUGCAAGCGCACGUGGCCUGCGUGGUCAAUCUCAAGCAGUUCUGGGCAGAAGUCUCCUUGCCCGGAGGAGGAGCACAUGGGGAUGUACCUCAAAUUCUGAGUUCACUCAGCCGAGCACAACACGAGGCUGAGAUGACUUACGAAAAACUCGUUGCGAGGUUUCCGAGAUCGAAAAAGAUAUUGCGAAUGUAUGCCAAGUACCUUGUUACGGUUACGAACAAUAUGGAUAGGGGCCAGCAACUUCUCAGCCUUGCUGACGACAUUGAAAGCGCUGAGGCCAAGGCGAGCUGGAAGCAAACAGCGGCUCAGUUUGAAAAUGCGCAUCGUCUGGCGGCGGCCAGAGAUACAGGUGCUUUUGAAGCGGUUGGAGGAACCGAUGUCCCGGGAUUACGAAAGGAUUUGGAACAGCAGGUAGCGUCUGGAUCGCUGGGGCAGUUGCAAAAGGGAGCUCCGAGAAGGCCGUCGGUUCCUCUUGCGCCGCGAACGGACCUCUCGGAAGUUUUGCGCAAGAGCGCCUUGAAAGAGAGCGGGAAUCCUUUAUCGAAGGUUUUUGAUGAGCUUGAUCGAGAUGUUUCGACAGUUGCCAGCACGGGAGAUCAGUCGCCUCGCCUAAUCAACGAGGCGCUUGUUGAAGGAUUCCCAUGGCGAAUAGAAAGGAGCGACAGUGUGGCUCAGGGAAGCGAUGUCGGAUACGGUUCGGGCCCCCGCAAGGUGAAAAUUGUAUCUCACUCGAACGUUGUCGGUGAGGGGCGAUCCUACGUUCCCUCCCCAUUAGCUGCGGAUUCGGAGCAAAUUGGGGAAGCUGAUAAGGACUUGAGCGCAUUUCGGAAACCCAAAUCGGUCGCCUCCUCCGUGGAUUCCUCAAAAGCCACCAGAAAGAAAAGGUCCCGUCAAGAUCGGCUCAGUGAAAGCUUGACAGCCAAGUUUCAGCGGCUUACCCAUUACGUGCAGAUAUGCUGCGGGAUUGUGCUGGGACUUCUGAUAGCGAACUAUGUGGUGUCCAGUACCUUGUAUGCGACCGCAAGCCAAUAUCUUAACACUUUCGAGGAUGGGACACGAGCACGGCGUGGAGCUAUAUUGGCCGUUCAAGAGGUUCGACUCAUGACCCAUUAUGCACAAACGAGCCCAGAUAAGGCCUCAUGGCAGUUUCAUCAUGACAAACUACUCGGCGAGGCAGGUCGCUUCGCCCGCUUGAUACUCCCAAUCUUGUUUGACAAUGCGAAUGAUCCUUUGACCUUCACCGUUCUCCGGGCAAAAAACUCGUCUUACAGCGCAGAAAAAGAGGUUCUACGGAAGAAUGCGUACACGCUCGGAACUGCACUUUCGGACAGUAUGGGCAUUUUAUUGUCGCUUCCUUACGAACGCUGGCAAGAUUCUGCUCUAUUGGAAGACGUUGACGUUCGAAUGUUGCUGGAUAAUUCGCUUCGGAUCGGCGACGCCUUUGAUGAUGCCGCCCACAGCCGUUUGAAAAGUUAUAUCAGCCACUCCGACAAUGACAGCCUGAAAAUCACGGGAUUGAUGGCAACGCUCAUUGUAGUUGUCAUCGUCAUGGUGGCCCUUAUCUACAGGACGCUGCUGCAUUCACACCGGGAACAAGAUAGUAUUUUGAAAGCUCUCAGGAGAAUCGGGAAUCGCGACAAACGGCAGAUCAAGGAUAUGAUCGAAGAAGAAAUCGAGCAACUGGCUGAACAUCAAGACGAUCAUGCACGGAUGGGUUUCACAGAUGCUCUGCAAUUUGGCGGACGGCUUAAGAUGCGGCUAUCCGUCAAACACCGUAUCAUGUACAUUUUAUCGUCCUUGACGCUUACGACCCUGGCCAUUGCUCUCUUCAUCCCGCCUCUACUCUUCCUUGGCGUCACCAACACCACGGCGACACUCAUUAUGAGAUCGAAUGAUCGACGAUAUACGUUUCAAGUCAUUUCAUUCCUCAGCCAUGAGCUCCCCGCUAACGACCUGAUGACAUGGGCCCCUUUCAAGGUGCAAGAAGAGUUAUAUUACCGCAUAUGGCAUCUCUCCGAUCAGCACGAAGCAACGUUGCACAGUGGGGAUGGCAUCACGACAAACCGCGUCCCAGAGUUGCAGACAGUGUGUCGCAGAGGGCCCAUCUGCUUGGCUGACGCUGGUUGUGGGUCAGAUGUACGGUCCUACAACGAUGCCAUCGGCUUCACUCAAGACUUUGUGAUGGCGGGUGUGGACCAUCUCCUUGAUGUCUUCCUCGACCGAGCGAAGCGAAACCUCGCCAACCCGCCGUAUACCUACAACAGCACAGAUCUCUACUACAUAACGCAUUUGGAGGACGAUCUCGCGGACGGCUUGAGGGUGGUCGACGAGCUGCUUUUAAGGGUGGCGCAGGACAAAGGACAUUUGUAUAUCAACCUAGACAAAGGAAUACUGGCAGGAGUACUUGUGUACUUCGUUCUCUUCUCCGCGGUCAUAUUUCGGGUGAUCUUGAAAUCAGCGCGGCUACAGCUCGAACAGAUGGUUGGGAUCCUGUUUUGGAUCCCCGCCGAGAUUGCACAGGGUUCGGCAGAUGUCCAACGAUUUAUUCUCGCAGCGGAGGGGCGGGAAUCGGAGGGACUCGAGAAUUGAGACGGUGGCCGAGAUUUGACUUACCAGAUUGGGGAUCGGCCGUUGGGCACUUAUACAGAAGCAAUGCGAGAGACUGAACAAAAACUGUGAGCGCCUCCCUUUCAACCGUAGAAGGAUGUAGCUCAAUGAAUCGAGGCUUGAGGAUAUUCUAAUUCACGUCUGGUUCAUCCUUUCAUUCAAACUCACAUCUGCUUCAAUCCUGCAUUCAUUGGGAGCCGCCGGAGGCGGGAGACUGCCAUGGCAGCAAAGUAUGUCAGGUUGGCAAGCGCUACACUGUGCUAUACACUGA